AUGUCUCAAACGAGAAAUCUAGUAUUCAAGAAAAUUAUUGUGGGAUGCGACCACGCGGCUCUUGAUUUGAAGAAUUUGGUGGUACAAUAUUUGAAGAGCGUUUAUGCCUCAAAAUUAGAAGCUUUUGAGGAUGCUGGUGUUCACACAGAAGAUAGAGUGGAUUAUCCCGAUAUUGCUCAUCAAGUAUGCGAGAAAAUUCAAAACAAAGAAUAUGAUGGAGGAAUCUUGUUGUGUGGUACCGGAAUUGGAAUUUCUAUUGCAGCCAACAAACAUGAAGGAAUUAGAGCUGGACUUUGCCAUGAUGAUUACUCAGCUGAAAUGACAAGAAAACAUAAUAAUGCAAAUGUUUUGUGCUUCGGAGGAAGAACCACAGGCAUUGAAAUUGCAAAGAGAAUGGUUGAUAUUUUCCUCACAACUGAAUUUGAGGGAGGAAGACACGCCGACAGACUUGAAAAAUUGAAACUCACUGCAUGUGCUUCAUCGUCAUGCCAACAAUAA